AUGGAGACUAAAUUAAAUUUUGAUGAAGCUAUAAAUAAAAUUGACAAGAUAUUGAAACUUGGUCAACUUUUUAAUGUAGUCGGAGGAGAUAUCUUUUUCUGUAUUUGUAGUACUAGUAAUUCCGAUGUAAAUAAUAUUGAUAAACAAGAAAAUAAUGAUAACGGUAAUAGUGAUAAUAAAUUUGAUGAGCAAGUAUGCAAACGUUUUGAAAAUAAUUUUAAUACCAGAUUUACAAAUAUGGUAAUCAAUAUAAAAACUAAACCAGUUAGAGUUGAAUUUAUUGGUAAUUGUGAUUCAAAAUCAACCGAAUUAGAAAUAAUUAAAUAUUAUCGUUCAAAUCCAAAUUUUAUUAAUUUAGUAGAUUAUGAAAAUAAUAGUUCAACCUCUUCAAAUGAAAAUAAUAGAUAUAUUCAUAUUCGUCUUUAUUCAUUACCAAAAGAAUGGUCAAUGACAUAUGUUUGUGAAAAAUCUUUUGAACAUUCCCAUACCCACACUCAUGAACAAGGUCAUGGUCAUCAUCACAAUCACCAUCAUAAUCAGAAUGAUCAUCACCAUCACCACCAUAAUGAUCUUGACCCUUCCCAUCACCAUCACCACCACCAUGAGGAUGAUCAUUCUCAUGAACAUGGACAUUCCCACUCUCAUACUCACACCCAUACUCACCCAGGCUCAGAAGAAACCUAUCAAUGUAUGAAUUUCCAUUGA